AACCCUCAUAAUCUUUCUCCGUAUAUUUUACUCCCCAGCAGUUUGCAAGCCUCAUUUCAGUUUGGAGGUUAGGGUUUUAUCAGGCGGCUGCUCGUCUUCUUCUUCCAACUCCCCCAAACCCCAGUUGCAGAGCUCUCUCUUUCAGCAAACAUGGGGAAGACACGUGGUAUGGGAGCUGGUCGCAAACUGAAGUCCCACCGCAUAAGGCAAAGGUGGGCUGACAAGUCAUAUAAGAAGUCUCACCUUGGCAAUGAAUGGAAGAAGCCAUUUGCCGGGUCUUCCCACGCCAAAGGCAUUGUCCUUGAGAAGAUAGGUAUUGAGGCUAAGCAGCCGAACUCAGCCAUCCGGAAAUGUGCCAGGGUACAGCUUAUUAAGAAUGGGAAGAAGAUUGCUGCUUUCGUCCCAAAUGAUGGUUGCUUAAACUACAUAGAAGAGAAUGAUGAGGUGUUGAUUGCUGGAUUUGGGCGUAAAGGGCAUGCUGUCGGAGAUAUUCCUGGUGUCAGAUUUAAGGUUGUUAAGGUAUCCGGUGUCUCUCUCCUGGCUCUCUUUAAAGAGAAGAAAGAGAAGCCAAGGUCUUAGUUUUGUGUGAGGAGGUUCUGUUCUAUCUUUUGGUCAUUUUGUUCGAACUAUUGGAAUGUUACUGUUUGAGAAGUUUUUUGUGAACAACUUGGUAUCGAUUUUCCUGUUAUUGUGUCGGCAUUAAUACUACAAUUUUCGACAUCAUAA